GUUUUUCAGGGGGCAGAUGGGGCGCUUGGACCCUGGUUGGGAGUUGAGCGGGCGCCCGCCGAGAAACGACGCGCCCCCGGGAAAUGCGACCACACCCAGGCCAGUGCCCACCGUCUGGUAUAUUACGCCUGUCGCCCGCCUUCCGCUCUGGGAGCGGCACCUCGCCAGGGCUUUCCCUCGGUUGCGGGAGAAUCAUCCAUCACUUUGCACCUUGCUCGCUGCAACGCAACUUGACAGGACAGCACACACCACGUCCGUCUUCUCCUUCCGUCUUUCCGACCAUCAGACGUUCCUUAUCCAUCCACGGGCAUAUUCCCCGCAGUCUCUCAUUACCACCUGCCAUCUCUCGUUAACAGUCUUUUGCCUUUAUUUUCUCACAUCUUUCCCCUCACGGUGCCCUUUCGGUCUUCCUGACGACGGUGACAAGUUUUUUUUCUCAAGUUUUUCCACGAGGCCAAGCAAGCUGUCGAUCUCGUCUUCGAUUCUUCUUCCAUUUGUCUGGGGGCUUGCAUAACCGUGUCGCCUCAUUCUUCUUCAUCUUCUCAUCUUCCGUCCACCCUUUCGAUUCUCUGUACCUACUUGGCCCUCGGUGCCUCGACUCUUCUCACCCUACUCUCCGACGACUUUACUUUGUCACUCCUUCGACAGCGACCAAUCCCGACGACAUCGCCAGCAACUCAACUUCAGUCCUGUGGCACGCCGAUCGAGAUUGGCACUCUUAUUUGAUACACAGCGUCUGGCCUCUUGCGCUACCUCAAGGCGAGGUGACUCGAAAAGUCUCGAAAUCGCCUGUGCGCCUGGAACUCGGAUUCUUGAUAUCAACCUCAUCCUAGCCCGCCAGUUCCCAACCUGUUCUGGUUUGUAGCUGGCCAGUUCGCCUCGAGGCCUGUCAAAGCGAACGGACAAAUCCACUUCACCAGAAUCCACAACCUCGAAAAUGCGCGCCGUUUUAGUUCUGGUUUCCCUGGCCGCCGGCUAUGUCGCGGCCCAGGACUUCGGCACGGUUGCUGCGUGUGGUCAACAAUGCUUCAACGGCAUGAAGGGCAAGAUUCCCGGCUGCGCUGCAGACAACCAGAAGUGCCACUGUGACGUUCCGGAUUACCGCAAUGGUAUGCGGGACUGUGUCACCCAGUCCUGCCCGGCUGCCGAUACCCCGUUGGUCCAGAGCUCUCUUGCUGCAUACGUCGAUAGUGUCUGCAAGGCCGCGGCUGGCGCCCCAGCUACUUCUGCACCCGCGACCAGUGCUGCCCCAGCCCCAGCCGCUUCGACCUCGGCGCCCACGGCCCCUCCGGCCUCCGCCGCUCCGUCUACUUCGGCUCCAGCGCCCGCCAGCUCCGCCGCACCUGCGUCGAGCUCGCCCGCCCCUGCCUCUUCCUCUACACCAAGCGUGACGCCUGCUACUCCGGUGGCUCCUUCGGGAACCUCUACUAGCAGCAGCCACAGCUCUACUGGCUCUGCUUCUUCUUCGGCUUCGUCGUCCUCGACCUCAAGCUCACCGACUUCGGGGGCCGCUGCUGGUGCCGGUGCCGGUGCCGGUAACGCAAACCAGUCCAAGUCCGACUCCCUCUCGAGCGCCACGGUGGCGGGGAUUGCCAUUGGCAGCUCUGCUAUCGGAAUCGCCCUCAUCGGCGUCCUUGUCUGUGUCUUCCUCCACAAGCGCAACAACCGCCGCGCCGCUGCCGAAGGCAACGAUAUCCACCUGAAUAUCAGCCAGCCCAUGCCCGGUUCCGGCCGGACGUACGCCGGCGAUCACCACAACGAGAAGUACGAGACCAACUCGUCUCUGGACGAUUUCAAGAGCCGCCGCUACGAGGAUAUGCUUCCUAGGCAGACACCCAGGACCAUGGUAUAGUCCGGCCAUGAAGGGAAGGGUGCGUGGCCCCGAGACGAUGUCGACAGACCAGCCCACGCCUUGUCUUAUCCCUUUCAGGCGGUGCCUUGCUAUUUUGCUCCCCCACAAUCACUCCGUUUGCAUCUACACCCUCGCAGCCUGUACCCAUCUAGUCGUCCACCUUUCAUGCACCCUACCCAGGGAUCGAUAUGAUGUCACGAUGAUUAUGUUUAAAAUAUCUAAAACUCGAGAGAUGGCGCUUGACUUUCUACAGGGUUCACGACUGUGAUACCCCUUGAACAAGUUCAACUUCAACUCAAAUGUCUCGACUGGCUCAUCGCAUUGAAUUGUUUUAUAAUGGUCUAGAUGGUCUACUCGGAUGGUGCAGCUGAGACAUCUACAAAACGGGCAAACCUAGCAUUGCUUUCUUCGGACACUGACGAGAAUGGUGUUUCUCUUUUGGCACAUUUUGGGCGCCUGUAAUCUCAAAUCUCCUUGCUGUGGGUAAUAAAAUGCCACAUUACAUAGUGACUUCUUGCUCAGUGCACAUGCGUUGAUAAAUCUCAUCCCUUUUGCUGGUAG